AUGAAUCAAGAGAGACGCGAGCAGAUCACAGCCGCUCUUCGCCAGUAUCGUGAAACGGUAUUGCAGCACAAUUUGUUCUUGCUCUGUACCCUAGUAGAAAAGGUCGAAGCCCAGCCUGCUCCGCCGAAUUGUCCAGAAUCCGUCGCACAGGAGCUACGAAUGCAAGCUAUCAAUGAACUCAUAGAGGUUCCUGAGUCUAUCAAAUUGCCACGAUAUGUCCUUGAUGAGGGUGUAAUCUCUUUAUUGAUCUCGUCGGCCUCACUGGAAGGUGUGGAUGACGACCCAGUCGACCCCUCGCGAAGAAGAGAAUACUUCGCCGGCCUCAAGGCAAAGAUUGAAGAGAGGGGAGUGGAGGCUGCCGAAUUUCCGUCGUCAGAUUUGGAGUACCUCUGCACACUUUUCGACUUCAUCACCCCUCUACGACGCGGAAAGAUAAAGGACAUGAUGGAGGCUGUCGGUGUACCAGUACGGAAUGACGCAGGAGAAGUGGAACACAAUCAACUCACGUGGCUCUGGGAGGAAUGGGAGAUUGCCAUAGCGUUCAGGAUUGGUGGUGGUCCUCGCGGUUGGGGUGGCUCAUACGCCCUGUACUGCAAGAAUAAGGACAGAGAGCAAUGGAAAUGGAGAUAUGGAGUUCAUGAUGAAGAGUGGUAUAGCGAUGUCCAUGAGAAUGUCGAGGGACUUUUCGGCUUCUAUGCUCACUUUAAUGAGCAAACUGAGGAAGAGCUCGAGGAUGACAUAACUAGCUUGUCAGCACUCGUAUGA